GUGGUAUAAGCCCUUGGGAUGUUUUGAUCUGCUUAUCUUCCAGAAAAAAUGAUGGUCCUGGCUGCAUUCAAAUAGAUGAAUUGCAUCAUCUAGAAUUAUUCCAAAAGGUAAACCUACUUCCAGAAAUCCAGCAUUUCCUUUGCAGAAAAGAGGGAUUAUGCCAGAUAACAAAAGCCUUUUCAGACCUGCACCUCCCAGUGGUCACUCCAGAGUGCUCGAGCCAGCCUGGGCUGUCAAGGGCCAGCGCCACAAGCAACAUGUCCUGGGGCAGCGAAAGCACUGACAAGAUGCGUACUGCACGUCUGCAGUACUGGUCGAAGCCCAGCACCGCCAGAAUGAAUCAAGUAUCAGCUUCACCAGAACACAAGGACAUCCUUAAAGCUCAAGACCUUUCUGUCAUCAUCAAAGCAUAUGUGCUUGUGACAUCCUUAACACCUCUGCGGGCAUUCAUUCAUUCAACUGCCACUGUCUGGCAUCCACCCAAGAGGAAGCACUUUUCUGUAAAACUGCAAAGGUUUUUUGAGAUAUUCUUCAAAAGCAGUUCUCCCCAACAAGCCUUCAACAACAUGAAGGAAGCUAUAAGCAAACUUCUACUUAUAACUGAGGUCUUCAGUGAAUCAACUGCCUCAGGACCAAAUUAUUUCAAUCAAUGCAGCCAGUGUUUUCAAAUGCUAACCUUUGACAUUGGAUUUGGCACUUCCAUCUACCCAGUAGUUCUUGAGGUGCAUGAAAACUUUGACUUUCAAAAUGAGAACGAACCAACUAUUCAGGACCAAACUUUCAAAGAAUUUCUUUUUGAAGAUACUUUUAAAUUUCUCUUAUCUAAUGAAUCCUCAACCUCCAGUUUAAUAGAAGCUUUACAAAAAAUAUAUGGAUCAACAGUGAGCAAGGAUGGAACUUACCACAGAGAAGAUGAGCAAUGUUUGUCUUUAGAAGAGAUAAAUGCAAUGAUUACUUUCAUAAAGGAGCUGAAGAGCCUUGGACAAUUUGAGCUGCUUUUCCCUUCGGCUGCACCCAAGAUUCAAACUUUACUGCAUGACCUUUAUCACAUGGUAGACCCAAUGAGGCGGCUUGGUUCAGUCCUGACUGUGCAUCAGCUGCUUUCCAGUUUACUUGAACAAUUUCAGUCCAUGACUAAAGAGGCACAUACAAGUCUUUCAGAAUGGAGAAGCAAGAAAAACUUGCAAACUACAAUGAAGCCUAG